GUCCAGGUAGGUAGACCAAGAUCCCCGGGAGAAGCGUAGGUAGGUACUGUAUAGGUACCUAUAGACUAUCUAUGUAGGCUAGGUAGAUACUUAGUAGGUACUAGAAAGAUGAUCCGGUACCAGUGAAUUUAGGUUGCGGCCGCUGGUGGCUUACACGCGUUUAUUUCGACCUCAUUCAAUUCAGGGGAACGUUAUUCGAGUCGAUUUUAACUGGAUUCGGACCUACUGUCAGGGUGCCAUAGCCAGUGUAGGUAGGGCAUCGGGUGAGUUAGGUUCAAUUGAUUCCAGCGCUAUAUGAUUAUUUGCUGUUGGCUCAUUCAGUGUGAAAUGGUUAAUUGUGCAGCGCUGCGAUUCCACCUGCUCCAUGUUAGCCUAUUACCACCACUAAAUAAGUAGGUAGGCAACAAUAAGGGCAAAAUAAAGUCAUAGCGGAUGUAUGAUCAGUGGUCUAACUAAUAAAUACAUAAUCAAGAGUCUUUAUAGAUAAGGUAAUGAGAGGCAGGAAGGAAGGAAGGCAGGCAGGCAGGCAGGUAGCGAGGUAGUACCUGUGUAUCCUGUGGCAUGUGCUUGCAAAGGGAGGGCAGGAAGUCACACCUGUUGUUUGCUAUACUGCUAUCCUUCCAUCCAAUUAUCUGUCGACCUGACGCAAUCUGUGUGAUAACAGUCAGUACAAUAACCAUUCAUCUACAAUAAACAAAGUCUUCAACAGCCUAGACAACACUCACUCAGCCAUGCCGCCCAUCAUCGACAUCAUCCGCCAUGCCGAGGCCACCCACAAUACAACAACAGGCAAUGUCUACGAGCGUGAUCCCAACCUCACGAGCAACGGAGCAGAUCAAGCUUUCAGCCUGAGCUAUUACUACCCCUUCAUGCACAAGAUCAGCCACAUCGUGUCAUCACCCAUGCGGCGCUGCAUUCGUACCGCACUCAUUGGAUUUGAAUAUAACCUGCUGCAGGGCAAGAGAGUCAUCCUCCUGCCUGAGCUACAGGAGACCGGUGCGAACCCCAGCGAUAUCGGGCAGCCUCCCGAGGCUCUGGAGGCCGUGUAUAGCCCAUUGAUCGACACUGACCUGCUCGAACGGAACUGGUACGAUAAGGGCCAAGGCUCCAAGUACGCUCCAGACGUAGGUCUUGUCGAGAAACGCGCGCGCAAAGCAAGAACCAUCUUGCGAGAUCUCGCGGCCAGCGGUCCCGACGAUGCGCGUAUCAUCGUCAUCACCCAUGGCGGCUUCGCACACUUCCUAACCGAAGAUUAUUCUGGUUUAUCCGAGCGUUAUUUCACGGCCUAUGGGAACUUGACCAUCAGAGGCUUCGAAUUUGUUGAUUUACUAGGGGAGGAUCCCGACGCGAAGUUAGUUGAGACAGCGGAUAGUUUGGCCUGGUCGAAGUUACCCCGCUUCGUAGAUUUGAGUGACGAAGAGAAAGCACGCCUCAAGUCGUAUGCUGUGGCGCGGGUUGAACUUCAGAAACAGCAGUUUGAGAGAGCUACAUGAGCUAAGCGAUCGGCAGUCCAGACUCACGUUUUCUAGAUGUGUGUGAGUGUAUGCGCAUAGCUGCGUUGGAAUGGGGCCAAAUGAAAACCAGCUAGCCUAAAUAUUUACGCUGAAUUAGUGGCGAGCUCUAGGGGCCGUGGAAGCCCAGUACGUCACAU